AUCAAUGGAAAUCAGUAUAUGCAUUUGCAAAGCACCAAAAACAUCAAGGUUUAAUUUUUUUUUUCCUUAUAAUAUUUGACAUAUGGCUUCUCUGCUAGCGCUGCUGCUGGCAUUUCUCCUACUUGGUGCAGUGGUUGGUACAAAAAUGAGUGACAUUACCUUUGAUCAAAGCUACAGAAUUACAUGGGGAAAUGACCAUGUCUUGUCUUUAAACCAAGGAAGACUAGUUCAGCUCUCAUUGGACCAAUCCUCAGGGGCUGGGUUUGCAUCCAAGCAAAGCUAUGGUUCUGGAUUCUUUCAUAUGAGGAUAAAACUACCACCCAAGGACUCUGCUGGAGUUGUUACAGCUUACUAUUUGACUUCACACACCAAAAACCAUGAUGAGCUAGAUUUCGAGUUCUUGGGAAACAAAGAAGGGAAGCCUUACACACUACAAACUAACGUAUUCUCCAAUGGGCAAGGAGAUAGAGAACAAAGGAUUCUUCUCUGGUUCGAUCCCACUGCAGACUUCCAUUCUUAUAAAAUUCUUUGGAACCAACACCAGAUUGUAUUUUAUGUGGAUGAUAUCCCCAUUAGAGUGUUCAAGAACAACUCAAAUAUUGGAGUAGACUACCCAUCACAGCCAAUGCAGAUUGAAGGAAGCUUGUGGAAUGGAGAAAGUUGGGCAACAGAUGGAGGCCAAACAAAGACUAAUUGGAGCUGCGCACCAUUCAGAACCCACUUCCAAGGAUUCAGGAUCGAUGGUUGCCCUUCUGACUACUCCAACUGUCACUCUUCUAACUUGUGGUGGAAUCAAAAGAAAUUUUGGAAACUAGACUCCACUCAACAAAAGGCACAUGAGAAUGUGAGAAACAAGUACAUGAACUAUGACUAUUGUUCUGAUACCAAUAGGUUUGCUGUGCGUCCCAAAGAGUGCACUCAGUAAUUGCAUUUCGUACAUCAGCUGCCAUUUCCGCAGGAAACUGAAGAUUCUUAAUUAAAGACAUUGAUGAAACAAUUAUAUUGUGUUCGAAUUCCUAUAUAUAUUAAGUAAUGAUAAUUGAUUAGCUUCUUGUUUC